GGCUGAGGAGCGCCCUUAGUUGUAUUUAAUCCCGAGUAUUGAAAGGAGUUACCGCAAAAAAAGCGUUAAAAAUCCACCGUUUCGAAGCUCCACAACCGAGAGGCGGGUUUGAUGUGAAGCUUUAAUGUUAAACGACCAAGCGAUGUCUGUGGUCUUUGACGGGAGUCCGCUGAAAGCGAUGCAGAGCUCGCACAGUCACACGCAGACUGCGCUGAGUGCCCAGGAACUGUCCCAGGAGAUCAAGUCCUUCAUCAGCGGCAUUGAUGUUGUCCAGGGCCGAAAGCUCAGUAUCAGGGAACAUGCUCGCUGUGCCGUGCGGGUGCUGCGCUCAGUCCCGGCCUGUCGAGAGGCGGUGCUGGAGCAUUUGAGGGGCGUGUACGAUGAACAUGUGUCCACCUUUCUGCAUAACCUGGAGACGGAGGGGAAUGCCACCUCUGGGGUGAGCUCCAACCUGGAGGACAUAAUACAGGAGGUUCAUGGCGUGCUGUCAGAGUUUAUCCAUCUCAACCCCCGAGCAUGGGCCCCCCUCGUGUCCACCUGGGCAGUGGACUUGCUGGGCCAGCUGAGCAGCAAGCAUGCUGGGCGUAGGGUGGCCCCCCACUCCUCCACCCUCAACGAGCUGCUGCAGCUGUGGAUGUCUUGCGCUGCCACUCGCUCCCUCAUGGAGGCCUAUUCCCAGUGUUUGGCAGCGAUGCUGGCCUGGUGUCCCGACGCUUGCGUGGAUGCACUGUUGGACACGUCCGUGCAACACUCGCCACAUUUUGACUGGGUGGUGGCUCACAUCGGGUCUGCCUUCCCAGGAACCAUCAUCAGCCGAGUGUUGGCAUGUGGACUAAAGGACUUCUGCUCUCACGGUACGAAGGAUCAAGGGUUGAUGUUGAUGGGGGCGGAUAAAGGCAGCAGAGUGCCCAAGAUCGGCUCAGUUGUGGGGAUUCUUGGACACCUUGCAGCACAUCACUCUGAUAGCAUCCGGAAGGAGCUGCUCAGGAUGUUUCAGGAGAGUCUGAGUCCUUCCAGCCCGCUAUCUCCCACUUCAUCCUCCACAUCUUGGGAAAGCUCACCUCAGCUUCGACGUGCUGCGGUUCCGUUUCUGCUGCAGCUAGCUGCAAUGUCCCCAAACCUCUUUGGCGCUGUGUCUGCAGAGCUCGUGGAGCUGCUACGCCCCCCGGUCCUGCUCCAGCUGCAGGCCCUGCUGCAGGGCAUCCCCAGGGAGGAACUGGACAACAUGCUGGGGUUAGCUGUCCACCUCAUCAGCCAGAGCCCAUCAGGGGGGGCUCGAGUCCUGAAAUUUCUGGCAGACACAGCAACCCCUGCUUCAGUAAUUAUCUCUGGUCCAACACCUUCACCUCAUGAAGGGGUCAGAGAAGGCUGUGACCGUCUCCUUCAGAUGUUACUGCUCCAUCUCCACAAACUAGUCUUCAACCGCUCUGACGGCGUAGAGAUCAACCCUCACAACUCGGCCUCCUCUCAGCACCAGAGGGUCAUCCCCUUCCUGGAGGAGCUGCGGUCUCACAUAAGUCAGCUGUGUGCCGAGACACUGCGACUGGAGAGGAAGCGUCACCUGUGGCUGCACCAGCUGCUGUGUCUGCUGGCGGUGUACGGGGGUCCCAGCGUCGCCACCGAGACCCUGUGCCAACUUCUCACUCAGGCCCGCAACCCAGAUGAGCUGGCUCUUGCCUGGCAGCUCCACGCCACACUCUCCUCCUGCAUGGCAGGACUGGUUUCUGCCGCUGUAACCCGGUGCGUGGCCCAGAUACACACUCAAACGUUGGGCCCACGGCAGCUGAGGCAGCUGCUGCUCAACCUGGCCGCAGCCAUCCAGAGCCAGGACGAGGAGAGAAGAGCACCGGGGGGGGCUCAGUCUUCCAUGGCCGUUCAGGUGGGCUCUGCCAUCUCAGGACACCUCCAUGAUUUCUGCCCGCUCCUUCUCCACGGCGAUGCAGCCGUAUGUCACGCUGCGGUGCGACUCCUGUCCUGUAGCCCGCUGCCACGCACCUCAUCCCCAGCGCACCUGCUUCUGCUCUCUCGAGCAGCCGUUACACACUUCUUUCUGGCACUGCGGAGGCGAGGAGAAGUGGGGAAGAUGGGUAGAGAUGCGGGGCAGGCAGCCGAGUCUGUGUCUGGUUCGGUUCUGCUCCUGUCUCGGUUUGCGGCAUACUCUCCUCUCACUCUGAAGGCGGUGCUUCAGCAGCUGGUUGAGGGUGCCCUGCACAAAGGCAAUGCUGAGCUGUUUGGAGGUCAGAUUGCGGACAUGUCUGGUGCUCCUGUGUCAUCCCCGACUGUGUCCCCCGACCUUGGAGCUUCUCUGCUGGAUAUCAACUGUCGGUUUGGUACCACCGUUAAUUUUUCUGGCAGUGUGUGGUCUGUGUUUCAUGCAGGGGUAAUUGGCAAGGGACUGAAGAGUCGCACUGCCUCCCAGCUGCCAGACCCAUCAGGAGUCCUCCAGAACAUUCAGACUCUGCUGGCUGUUGUCGUCCAGUGCUGCAGCUCUUCGGGUCUCAACGGCACCCGACCCCAGCCCAACCCUGAUGAGCCACCGCCGAUCAACGCAGAAGCAGCUAAAGUUAUUGCAGUCACGCUGGUGGAACAUGUCUGUCCGGAUGUGGCCAACGGGGAGUUGUCCUGGCCGCCUGAGGAGCACGCCCGCACCACAGUGGAGCGAGACAUCCACAUUAGACGCUGCUUUGAGGCCCACCCAGUGCUAUUCCCUUUGCUCCAGGUGGUAGCAGCCGGACGGCCGGCUCUCUGCUACUGCUCAGCUGUGCUCAGAGGCCUGUUGGCCACUUUGCUGGCCCACUGGGAGGCAUCUCGUGAGAUGUCGUCCACAGACUCCCCAUGGCACCUGCAGGCUUCCUGCCUUCUGGUGUUCUGCAUGGGAGAAGGGCAGCUCCUGCCUCCUGUGCUGGCCAAUGUCCAUGAAACCUUCCCCUAUCUGAAUCCCUUCGAGGUGAGGCUUCUGCUCGUGGCUGUGUGGGAGUACGUAAGAGGCAAUGGGCCACUGCCGCAGAAGUUUGUCUUCAGUUCAGAGAAGGGUGUGUUUUUCCGGGAUUUCUCCCGAGAUGGUGACGUGGCGAGAUACGUGGCACCAAUCCACAGCGUCCUUCAUAAAAACAUUGACAGACUGGGUCACCUCUGUUGGCGGUUCCAGCUUUGAGAAGAAGUUAGAAGCAAGCUGUCAGGAGCAGGUCGCGAUCUUAAUAAAGACGGACUGUUAAACAGAAAAACGAGUGUUAACUUACCUUAAAGUGCACUGCAAAGUCACUGUAACUAUAGUUGAUUUCUGUAAAGGCGAAGCUGUGGACAUAGGUCUUUUGUUCAUGUGUCCUUUUUAUUUUUUAAUGUAUUUCUAGACUUGAUACAUUUCCAACAGGUUUUGUGAGAAAUGACACGUGUUUAUUAUCCACAUACAGAAUUUGUUGUCCACAAAAUAGAGCCCUAAUGUGUCAUUUUAUUUUGAAAGCACAGCUUAACUGUUAAAUCAUUUGUAGAUUGUUUGGUAUGAUUUUCAGUGAGUUGAUGUUCUCCAACUGUGCUUUCACCGUUGCCUCCCUUGUAUUUAUAAACUGCUGUUUGAACCACUUAACAAAAUGGAUCUUCAUUUAGUCCUUGAACUGAGCAUCCUUGUUGCAUCAUUGCAGAAUACUGAUGGUUAUCAUAGUGAUCAGUCCUCUCAGUGAAUUCUGUUUUUCAUCCUUUGAAACACAUGCU